AUGAAAAUGCGUGUAAACCUGAGGUAUCCUGUGAAGUACAAUGAAGGAAAAUGCUUAACUAAUAAUGGACCUGCUGUUCCAAUUAUUUAUGACACUGGAAAUACUGUAACUACUAAUAACCUUUACUCUUCCUGUGGACCAAAAGAGUUUGUUGCAGGUUAUGUCCACUUUAGAGUAUUCAACAAUGAAAGGGCAGCAAUGGCUAUGUGUUCAGGAGUGAAGGUCACAGGCUGCAACACAGAGCAUCAUUGUAUCGGAGGAGGUGGUUAUUUUCCUGAAGCUAAUCCACGACAAUGUGGAGACUUUACAAGUUUUGACUGGGAUGGAUAUGGAACUACACAUGGUUGUAGCAGUUCCAAGGCUAUGACUGAGUCAGCAGUGCUUAUCUUCUACAAAUAG